AUGUCCGAGACGACCACGGCCGAAAAGGCCAUCGACCAAGGCAAUGCCAGCUCCGAGUCGGCAUCGUUUGUCGACGUCGAACGCAACGUCCCAGCUCCCCAGGAUGCCGUUGCAAGUGCCGUUGCAAGCACCGUUUCCAUGUCCGCUGCCAAUAAAGGCACAAAAACAAGCUUCAGUAUAUGGUCCAAGAUUUACUACACGUCCAUCCCCUGCUUCCUGGCCUAUCUCAUCACCUUCUCAGCCUCCGUCGUCGCGCCCGCCACCACCACGUUCAUGGCCGAAUUCCACGUCAGCCGCACCGUCGCCCUCUUGAGCGGCACCGUCUACCUCCUCGGCCUGUCCUUUGGCCCCAUGUUCCUGGCGCCCAUUUCGGAGCUCGUCGGCCGCCGCUGGCUGUAUGUCCUGACGUCGGCCAGCAUCGUCGUGUUUGCCGCCGGCGCCGGCGCGUGCCACACGUUCACCGGGUUCCUCGUCUGCCGCUUCCUGUGCGGCUUCUUUGGCUCGAGCGGCAUCGCCAUUGGCGCGGGCACCAUCUUUGACGUCUGGGGCCUCACCAAGGCGCGCGGCCUGGCCACCCUGCUGUUCAUCUACGGCCCCUUUAUGGGCCCGUCCAUGGGCCCGCUCGCCGGCGCCUACAUUAUGCACGAGCAUGGCGGCGACUGGCGCUGGACGCAGUGGCUGAUUGCCCUGCUGGGCGCGCCCAUUUUUGUGCUGAUUCUGUUUAUGAAGGAGACGUCGACGACGCGGGUCCACGGGGGUGGCCACCACCACAACAACAACGACAAGAAAAGCUGGCUGGGCGUCGCCGGCCAGGCCGUGUCCCUCUUGCAGGCGGCCGUCGUGCGCUCGACCACGAUGCUGACCACCGAGGCCAUUGCCUUUUCCAUUACGCUGUACACCGGCUACGCCUAUGCCGUCGUCUUUAGCUUCUUUGCCAGCGGCUCCUACGUCUUUCUAGUGGACUACGGCUUCGACGAGCGCCAGGUCGGCCUAGUCUUUCUCAGCGUCUUUGUCGGCUACGUGCUGGCGGCCGUGCUGCAUAUUGUCGUCGAGAAGACGCUCUACGCCCGCGCCGAGCGGCUUGCCCCCGCCGGCCAGCGCCCGGCGCCCGAGCACCGCCUCUACUCGGCCAUGGCUGGCAGCAUCUUUUUGCCCAUCGGUCUCUUCUGGUACGCCUGGUCCUCGCGCCCGGGCGGUGGCAACUGGGCCGUCGUCGCCGCCAGCGGCAUUCCGUUUGGCAUUGGCGCGUUUGUCUUGUUUCUGUCCUCCAUUAUGUACUUGGUCGAAUCGUACGGUGCCAGCGCCUCCGCAUCCGCGCUCGCCGCCAACGGGUCCAUCCGCUACAUGCUGGGUGCCGUCUUUCCCCUGUUUACCAUCCAAAUGUACGAGACACUCGGCGUGCACUGGGCCGGCAGCGUCUUUGCCUUUUUGUCGCUGGCCCUGCUGCCCAUCCCGUGGCUGCUGUUCAAGUAUGGCCACAAGCUGCGCCAGAACAGUCGCUUUGUUCCUGCGACUGCCGCGACGACCCCGGCCACGACGGCCCCGGCCACGACCGCACUCGCAAAACACACGCAACCAGGUCAUGCUUCGUCUCUCGCGGCGCCUGCACAACCCUCACCAUCUGGCUCUCCAAUGGCGAGCGACAGCAAGCUCGAGGUCAAGCGCGUGGCCGUCAUCGGCGCAGGCGCAUGCGGUCUGGCGGCCGCCAAAUACCUGCAAGCCGAAAAGGUAUUCUCGAAAAUCGAGGUCUUUGACCAGCGCGCGUCCGCUGGUGGCCUGUGGAACUACACGCCGCUACACGUCGUCGACAGCGGCUUUGCCAUUCCGCACAUCAAGCCGUCUGACCGGCCAGACACGCUGGUGCAGGGUGACAAUGUCAAUGACAAUGACAAUGACGCCGAUGCCGAUACAGCGCCCCUUGUCGUCGUCUCGCCCGUCUACGACCAACUGGAGACCAACAUCCCGCACACGCUCAUGAACUACAGCGACCAGCCCUUCCCGCAAGGCACCGCCUUGUUCCCGCCGCACGCCGUCGUCCGGCAGUAUCUACACACAGCUGCCGAGAGCGUCGCUCCACUGCUGUCGCUCGCCACACAGGUGCUGGAUGUGCGCCGGCGAGACACCGACGGGGGCCGUCCGGCCGUCUGGGACGUCGAGGUCCAGCAUGUGCCCAGCGGCACAAGACGAACCGUCGAGUUUGACGCUGUCGUAGUGGCGAACGGCCACUACAACGACCCGUAUGUGCCCGACAUUCGCGGGCUGGCCGCCUUCAACGAGGCCCAUCCGGGCGUCGUGACACAUUCCAAGUUCUACCGGCGACCGGAUCCGUUUGCGGGCAAAAAGGUCCUUGUGGUGGGCAACUCGGCGUCGGGCAUCGACCUGAGCGCACAGAUUGCCGCCGUAGCCCGGUCGCCCGUCCUCGUCUCCGAAAAAGAAAGGCCCAACCCGAGCACGCCCAGCACGCCCGCCCUCGCGCCCGCAGACGGCGCUCCGCCCCCCACGCACAACGUCCCCGAGAUUGUCGAGUUCCAGCCUGCCCAGCGCGCCGUCCGCUUUGCCGACGGUGUCGUCGAGACCGACAUCGAUGCCGUCGUCUUUUGCACCGGCUACUUUUACUCGUUUCCCUUCCUCCGCAGCCUGGCGCCGCCGGUGGCGGUGGCGGACGGCUCGCACGUCCCCGAUCUCUACGAACACGUCCUCGCCCUCCACCACCCGACGCUCGCCUUCCUGGGCAUUCCGCAGCGCAUCGUGCCGUUCCCCGUCGCCGAGGCCCAGAGCGCCUGGGUCGCCCGCCUCUUCUCGGGCCGCCUGCCCCUGCCCUCCCGCGACACGAUGCAGCAGUGGCUGGACGCUCUUGUCGCCGAGCGCGGCGUCGGCAAGCAGCUGCACAAUCUGUCCUUCCCCCGAGACGUGGCGUACAUCAACAAUCUGCACGACCGCAGCCUGGCCGCGACGCCCCAUCCGUCGUUGCUGCCAAACAACGGCGUCGGCAGGCGGCCGCCGUACUGGGGACCCGAACAGGCCUGGGCACGCGAGCGAUUCCCCAUGAUCAAGCUGGCGGCGCGGGCGCUGGGCGAGAAACGGCUCGAGGUGCAGACGCUGGAGCAGCUCGGGUUUGACUACAAGGCCUGGGCGGCGUCCAUGGAGGCCGAGCCGUCGAAGGACGAGGAAGAUGGAAAAGCGGACGCGCCAUGA